UGCUUCAGCUGAGUUAGGGAGACGGCCUGGUUCUUUGGGCCUUAGAGUCCUUGAACAAUGACAAGGAUCCACCAUUGAACUCAGUGCACCAAAUUACUGCUCCCAGCCUGCAUUGCUGCUCAUACAUGUCAGGAAAUGUGAGCUAAAACAACAGCACAAAGUGUCCCCAAGAUCUCCAAAACAUUAAAUUAGAAAGAAAAACAUACUAUUAUAGAAUAUACAUUAUAAAACACUGGGGAUAGAUUUGCUACAGCUUCAUGGCUCCAUCUAGUGGCUGAUAGUAGACAUAGCGCAGCUGGUGGCAGCUUCCUCUGCCUCCUACUGUCUGACUACAUCCAGCUGACACUCAUGAAACAGAGAACACACAAUCAGUGGAGGAGCAGCUGAUAUUGUUACAGGACUAAUGAUGGAAAAUGGUUUGUGUUUCUUCUCCACUUGAAGUUAGGAAGGCAGAAUGGAUCAGUGUGAGGACAAAGAGGAGGGAGCCACUCCUUCUAAAAUCAGAAGAAUAGAGAUGAAGACUGAAGCUCAGAGGUUCCAAAAGAGACAGGAGUUUGUUGAACCUGAACCUGAAUUCCACUGUGUGUCCAUCAUGAGUGAUGUCUCAAAGGAUUUUAGUAUUAAUUUUAAAGACCAAGCUGUAUCACAGUCAAAAGUGGACCUGCAGAGCUCAGAGGUUCCCAGUGAUCAGUCUGUCCAGCAGCACCAAACACACCUGGACUCCAUAUUUAUGCUGCUGGAGGAAAACAUGGUCACGUUUGUGAAGAAGGAACUGAAGAAAAUACAGAAGGUUCUGAGUUCAGAUUACCCAGAAUGCUUAGAGAGUCAGAGGGAGGAUGAGGAGGAGUUGGAUGGUGAGGAUGAAGAGCAGAGGAGGAGCAGCAAAGAUGCAUUUCUGAAGAUCACAGUGAACUUCCUGAGGAGGAUGAAGCAGGAGGAGCUGGCUGACUGUCUGCAGAGCAGAUCUCCUGCUGCAGUUUGUCAGCAUCAACUUAAAUCUCAGCUAAAACAGAAGUUCCAGUUUGUCUUUGAAGGCAUCUCUAAAGCAGGAAACCCAACCCCUCUGAACCAAAUCUACACAGAGCUCUACAUCACAGAGGGAGAGACUGGAGAGGUCAACAAUGAACAUGAGGUCAGACAGAUUGAAACAACCUCCAGGAAACAAUACAGAGCAGAAACAUCCAUCAGACCAGAAGACAUCUUUAAAGGCUCAGCUGGAAGAGAUGGAGCCAUCAGAACAGUGAUGACAAAGGGAGUAGCUGGCAUUGGGAAAACAGUCCUAACACAGAAGUUCACUCUGGAUUGGGCUGAAGACAAAGCCAACCAGGACAUAUGCUUCACAUUUCCAUUCACCUUCAGAGAGCUGAAUCUGCUGAAAGAGCAAAAGUUCAGCUUGGUGGAACUUGUUCAUCACUUCUUCACUGAAACCAAAGCAGCAGGAAUCUGCAGCUUUGAACAGUUCCAAGUUGUUUUCAUCUUGGACGGUCUGGAUGAGUGUCGACUUCCUCUGGACUUCAACAAGACUAAAACCCUGACUGAUGUCACAGAGUCCACCUCAGUGGAUGUGCUGCUGACAAACCUGAUCAGGGGGAACCUGCUUCCCUCUGCUCGCCUCUGGAUCACCACACGACCUGCAGCAGCCAAUCAGAUCCCUCCUGGCUGUGUUGACAUGGUGACAGAGGUCAGAGGGUUCACUGACCCACAGAAAGACGAGUACUUCAGGAAGAGGUUCACAGAUGAGCAGCAGGCCACAACCAUCAUCUCCCACAUCAAGACGUCACGAAGCCUCCACAUCAUGUGCCACAUCCCAGUCUUCUGCUGGAUCACUGCUACGGUUCUGGAGGAUGUGUUGAAAACCAGAGAGGGAGGAGAGCUGCCCAAGACCCUGACUGAGAUGUACAUCCACUUCCUGGUGGUUCAGACCAAAGUAAAGAACAUCAAGUAUGAUGGAGGAGCUGAGACAGAUCCACACUGGAAUAAAAAGAACAGGAAGGUGAUUGGAAGGUCUCUGGGAAAACUGGCUUUUGAGCAGCUGCAGAAAGGAAACCUGAUCUUCUAUGAGUCAGACCUAACAGAGUGUGGCAUCGAUAUCACAGCAGCCUCAGUUUACUCAGGAGUGUUCACACAGAUCUUUAUAGAGCAGAGAGGACUGUACCAGGACAAGGUGUUCUGUUUCGUCCAUCUGAGUGUUCAGGAGUUUCUGGCUGCUCUUCAUGUCCAUCUGACCUUCAUCAACUCUGGGGUCAAUGUGUUGUCAGAAGAACAAUCCACAGCCCAGACGUCUGAAACAAGAAUAGAAAAAUCUACAGAGACACAGCUCUACUGUGAUGCUGUACACGAGGCCUUACAGAGUCCAAAUGGACACCUGGACCUGUUCCUUCGUUUCCUCCUCGGUCUUUCACUGCAGACUAAUCAGACUCCCAUGAAAGGCCUUAUUAGACAGACAAGAAGUGAUUUAAAAACCAAGGAAACAGUUCAAUACAUCAAGAAGAAGAUAUCAGAAUCUCCAUCUGCAGAAAAAAACAUCAACCUGUUCCACUGUCUGAAUGAACUGAAUGACUGUUCUCUAGUGGAGGAGAUUCAACAGUACCUGGACUCAGGAAAAGUCUCUACAGAUGAACUUUCACCUGCUCAGUGGUCAGCUCUGCUUUUCAUGUUGGUGUCAUCAGGAAAAGAACUGGAUGAGUUUGACCCAGUAAAAUACUCUUCAAGCUUUUCAGAGAAGGAUUUUCUGUUCGUACUGGGAGUGGUCAAAGUCUUCAAGAAAGUUGUACUGAGUGGCUGUAACCUGUCAGAGAGAAGCUGUGAAGCUCUGUCCUCAGUUCUCAGCUCUCAGUCCUCUAGUCUGAGGGAACUGGACCUGAGUAACAACGACCUGCAGGAUUCAGGAGUGAAGCUACUGUCUGAUGGACUGAGGAGUCCUCACUGUCAACUGGAAACUCUCUGGCUGUCAGGUUGUCUGGUCACAGAGGAAGGCUGUGCUUCUCUGGCCUCUGCUCUGAGCUCCAACCCCUCCCAUCUGAGAGAGCUGGACCUGAGCUACAAUCAUCCAGGAGACUCAGGAGAGAAGCUGCUGUUUGCUGGACUGGAGGAUCCACACUGGAGACUGGACACUCUCAAGUAUGUGGAAGACUAUAUGUUAAUAUUAUGCUGUGCCUUUUGGGUCUAGUUGUUUCUGGGGCUCAAUGUGUACAAGGGAAGAGUUGUAAAGGAGUGGAUGAGGUUAUUAGUGACCAUUGGUUCGUGACUCAGAAUCCGUGGCAUUUCAGCACACCGUAACACACAUCCAUCCAUCCAUUUUCUAUCGCUUAUUCCCAUGUGGGGUCACGGGGGUGCUGAAGCCUUUGAGCGAGAGGCAAGGUACAGUCCAUUGCAGGGCAACAUAGACAGACAACUAUUCACCAAUGAACCUAAUGCAUGUUUUUGGACUGUGGGAGGAAGCCGGAAAACCGGGAGAGAACCAACGCAAACAUGACGAGAACAUGCAAACUCCACACAGAAAGGCCCUUGGGAAUUCAACCCAGAACCUUCUUGUUGUGAGGCGACAGUGCUACCCACUGCACCACUGUUCAUUUCAUUCUCCCUCUUCAGGGUGUAACACACACACACACGUCUGCAUGUCUCUGACCCCCUCUUCCUUUUAGGUUGAAGCCUGGUGGAGCCCGAUGGUUGAGACCAGGUCUGAGGAAGUAUUUCUGUCAACUCAGAAUCGACACAAACACAGUGAACAGACAAUUACAACUGUCUGACAACAACAGGAAGGUGACACACAUGAAGGAGGAUCAGCCAUAUCCUAAUCAUCCAGACAGAUUUGACGACUGGCCUCAGC